GUUAGUUCUGGUAUUAUAAGAAUCGUUGUUUGUUCUCAGAUUCACUUCAAUAAAUGCAAGAUCACGAUUUAUAUCAAUAGCGUCACCCAAGUUUCUUGCGGGCCAAAUACGCCUCUGGGUUAUCAGCAAAUCGAUUUAUGGAGCUACUUUCGUGAACAAGUUCCCCAUAAUACAGAUAUAAAAACAAUGGCCUCAGAACGCUACCCGGAGGAUCUCUGAAGCCUAAAGUAAUGUUGUUGGGUAUACGAGGUCUGGAAAUUAAGUAAUGCGAUUGGCUCCGAUACUGGAAUUGACUUCAGCUGGUCGGUUGCAACCGUUUGAAUGUUUGCGACUGUCCCAAAGUGAGUUCUCUGGAAAUGAUUUUCCAACUUCGUGAAGAGAAAAAAGUCGCAAGGACUCAAAUCAGGCGAAUAAGGAGGAUAAAUAUUUUACUGGCCAAAAACUCGUUUAUUGACAUUGAUGUGUGACAAGGAGCAUUAUCGUGAUGCAACAACACCGAGUUGUUCUUGAUUUGAUAAACGGUGAUUACAUACCAUCAUAGACCAACUGUCAUGUGAGACUCUCAAACUCAAAGUACAGAGACAUGUGACAAUAGUAAAGCAGCUGAGGAGAUUCCCAGACAUCAUCAGGAAGUACUAUUACAGUAGCCUCGUAUUUGUGAUCUUGGUACAGCCAAUGGUGAAAUUGUUGAAAAAGGACAAGGAACCAUUUUUUGCAAGUUAUAUUCCACCAGUGAUGGGUCAAAUGGGAGUAUUGGUCUUCCAAGAGAUUAUGAUAAUGAUCCUAGGGCAUGCUGGUUGUGUCUAUAUUAUUUUAGACAUAAACUUGAUGAUAGCAAUCAGCAUCCAAGUAGAAAUUUUGAAGGAUAUUUUGACCGAGGUAGCAGACAUAGAUGGUAUAAUUCAGUGUAUCAAGAGAUAUGAGCAGAUAAUCAGACUUGUCGAGAAUGUGCAACAUAUUUUCCGUGUCGGCAUGUCCAUACAUUUCCUUACUGGUAUACUGAUCUUUUGCACAACUUUGUUCAAGUUAAUGGAAGUAGAGGUCGAUUACAGUCAAUGUACGUUCUUAAUACCAUAUUCAUUUGCCAUAAUUUCAAUUUUAUUCAACCACUGCUGGUUUGGCAAUGACAUAAUUUAUAGAAGUUCUGACUUAACUCAUGCCAUAUUCAGAUCAAGAUGGGUUGGAAGUAAAUUAUCCACACAGAAAACCCUAAUCCUGUUCAUGGCUUUCACCAAGAAGCCUUUGAGUAUAAACCUAGCAUCUGGAUUAUUUACUAUGGCUAUUCCAGUUUUUGUGUCGGUAUGUCGGACAGCAUACUCCUUUUUCACAAUACUACAGAAAUUUAAAUAGCUUUAGAUCAUAUUUAGCUGUAUCAUUAUUUGUGAUUCAACAAUGGCUUGGUUGUAUCUCCAAGCUAAUAAUUGGGUUAGAGCUUCUAUUAAAUGAUCCGCACUUGUUUUUUCUGAGCAACUUUCAUAUUUCAAUUACAACAAAAACUGUUGUUCUUUGUAUUAAUCCACUGCUGUACAUAUACAUAUGAAUAUACAUUCUCAUACAAUAUAUACAUACAUUUCUUUUGGUAUCAGUAUGCAACAAUAAGACAAUAUUAUGAUAUCUGAGUUCAGAUUAUUUUCUUUAGACCAUUGAUUCCCAAAGUGGUCUA